CGCCACCUCCAAGCUCCGACGUCCCUGUCUCCCCUCUCAACAACCGGCGAAAGUUGAAGUUCCCAACCUCCGCCAGUUCCUCCCCAGAAGAGGAUCGGCAUUUCCAGAUUCCAUCGCACGCCGAUCCCGCCGAGAGCUCUCGCCGGUCGCAGGUAAGCUCCCGCUCCCGCCCUCGCUGCGCAUUGGCACGUCCGCCGGAAGCGAUUCUUUCAUUUCGGACUCCGGCGACGGACGAUCGGAAUCCCGCUUCGGUUUUCUUUCGCGUCGUGGGUCGGAUGAAUGGUGUUUGGAAUUGGAUCGCGCGUUUUGUUGACUUGACUUUGGAAAAGACGCGAGUCUUGGUCUUGGGUCUUUAGUGUGCCUGGGUUGACCCGUGAUUUGAGGCGACUGCUGGCGCGAGAGGAUUGAUUUGUGAGGCGUUGAGGGAUUUGGAGGAGGAAAGACGUGAAUGUGGGUGCUCUCGUUGCUGAAUUGAACGUUCUCGAGCGGACCCUUUACGGAGCGAUGCGAGGUUAUGGAGAGGGAGAGAGGAAAUUGUGAUGGGCAACCUGCUAAAGAAGAGUAGACCUGGUUACUCUAUCACACGGUGGCUCCUCUUCGAUUAUCUUGCAACAAAAUGUCAUAUUUGACUAUGUUCUUUUCUUGAAUCUUCACGAUCGUGCACUCGCUUGGGAUACAGGGUGCUGCUGCCGAUAAUAGUUUUGGGAUAUAGUUAGAAGGGAGGUCUCGUUGUUCUUGUCUGAAAACUUGCUGCAGUGUUUACCUGUCGUAAUUGAUCUCCAUUACUGACCACACUUGUGAAGAAGGGCAUUGCCGUCAUCGUCGUUUGUCUCAUUUUGUUGUGAUGGGCUUCUAUUGGUUCUGUUUGUUCUCCUGUACGGGGAUGCAAUGAAUCAUACUUGUCAGCUAAUUAAUCAUCAAUUAAAGCUGAAAUGCAGUCCUUCCUUUGGUUCAUUUCAACAUUAUUCGUCUUCCUGAGCUAUGUGGAGAAUACAUUUGGUGGAACGAGUACUUUCAUUCGAUCACAGUGGCCAUCAGUUGAUAUCCCGCUUGAUAAUGAAGUUUUUGCAGUUCCAAAGGGUCAUAAUGCACCGCAACAAGUUCAUAUCACCCAAGGUGACUAUGAUGGAAAGGCUGUCAUUAUAUCAUGGGUCACAUCUGAUGAACCAGGAUCCAGUGAGGUACAGUAUGGCACCACGACGGGAAAGUAUGAUCAUUCUGCUGAAGGAAAAAGUUCAAGCUACUCUUUUUACAAGUAUAAAUCUGGCUACAUCCAUCAUUGCCUGCUUGAUGGCCUUGAGUAUGAUACCAAGUACUAUUACAAAGUAGGAAGUGGUGGUUCUUCUCGAGAAUUUUGGUUUCAAACACCACCAACAAUUGACCCAGAUGCUUCAUACAAGUUUGGAAUUAUUGGUGAUCUGGGCCAGACUUAUAAUUCGCUUUCCACUGUUCAGCAUUACAUGGUGAGUGGAGCACAGGCAGUCAUGUUUCUGGGGGAUCUUUCUUAUGCCGAUAGAUACAAGUACAAUGAUAUUGGGCUAAGAUGGGAUACAUGGGGUCGUUUUAUUGAACAAACUGCGGCAUUUCAGCCAUGGAUCUGGUGUGCUGGGAACCAUGAAAUAGAAUAUCUGCCUUACUUGGAGGAGCUUGAUCCAUUCAAAUCCUACCUGCAUCGAUAUCCAACACCUUAUUUGGCCUCAAAAAGCACCAGUCCUCUUUGGUAUGCCAUCAGACGAGCUUCUGCCCACAUAAUCGUGCUUUCAAGCUACUCUUCCUUUGUGAAAUACACACUUCAGUGGAUGUGGCUGCGAGAAGAAUUUAAAAGGGUAGACAGAAAAAAGACACCUUGGCUUAUUGUUCUGAUGCAUGUUCUUUACGAUAGCAAUGAUGUACACUUCAUGGAGGGCGAAAGUAUGAGAGCAGUGUUUGAAAAGUGGUUUGUUCGCAACAGAGUUGAUAUUGUUUUUGCUGGGCAUGUUCAUGCUUAUGAAAGAUCGUAUCGGAUCUCAAAUAUACAAUACAAUGUCAGUAGUGGUGAUCGCAACCCCGUACCAGAUAGGUCUGCACCUUUAUAUAUAACCGUUGGAGAUGGAGGUAAUCAGGAAGGCCUUGCUGGGAGGUUCAGGGAUCCACAACCAGACUAUUCUGCAUUUCGUGAGGCCAGUUAUGGCCAUUCUACUUUGGAAAUCAAGAACAGGACUCAUGCAUUUUACCAUUGGAAUCGGAACGAUGACGGGAAGAAGGUGGAAACAGACUCUUUCAUAUUGCAUAAUCAGUAUUGGGUAAGCAGUUUCCGGCGAAGAAAACUAAAGAAGCAUCGUUCCUAGAGCAUACAAAGCAGAUUACUAUUGUCUGAUUCGAGGUUUUGUUGGGUCACGAGACAUUUAAGAUUGGCAGAGGAAAGUACUUGAUACAGAUGGUUGUUUAUAUGGGAGUUCAAGAUAGAAAGUAAGAGUUUUGUAGCAGGUUAGAUGAUCUUCAACAAAUAGUUUGAUUAGCACUAGCUAGUAUACACGGACCAACAUUAGACUCAUGGAUUACACAUAAUUUGUAUUCUGUACAUUUUCUUCUCAUUCAUUGUAUUCCACUGUUUUAUUAUUUUUCCUUGCACCGCAAUCUGUUACCAUGAAAUAAAGUCAAGGGGGGCAAAUA